AGCGGCGGGCUGACAGCCAUGGUGUGAGAGCAGUGAUUGAGGCGGCCGGCCCGGCUCGGCUCGGCGGGGCCCGGCAGCAUGUCGGGGCCGAGCGCCGUGUCGGACCCCCAGCACCCGGCGCGGCUGCUGCGGGCCCUCAGCUCGUUCCGUGAGGAGAGCCGCUUCUGCGACGCGCACCUGGUGCUGGAGGGGGAGGAGAUCCCGGUGCAGAAGAACAUCCUGGCGGCCGCCAGCCCCUACAUCAGGACAAAAUUGAAUUAUAAUCCUCCAAAGGAUGAUGGCUCAACGUACAAGAUUGAACUUGAAGGGAUAUCUGUUGAUAUUAUGAAAGAGAUACUAGAUUACAUCUUCAGUGGGCAGAUCAGGCUAAAUGAAGAAACUAUCCAAGAUGUGGUACAGGCAGCUGAUCUCCUGCUGCUUACAGACUUAAAAACUCUCUGCUGUGAGUUUUUAGAAGGUUGCAUAGCUGCUGAGAACUGUAUCGGUAUUCGGGACUUUGCACUGCACUAUUGUUUGCAUCAUGUUCACUACCUUGCCUCAGAGUAUCUGGAAACUCACUUUCGAGAUGUCAGCAGCACAGAGGAAUUCUUGGAACUGACUCCUCAAAAACUGAAAGAAGUGCUGUCCAUGGAAAAGCUCAAUGUUGGAAAUGAAAGAUACGUCUUUGAAGCGGUGAUUAGGUGGAUUUCUCAUGAUUCAGAAUCGAGAAAGGUUCACAUGAAGGAUGUCAUGUCAGCAGUGUGGGUUUCAGGCUUAGAUGCUGCGUAUUUACGUGAGCAGAUGAUGAGCGAACCACUGGUACGGGAGAUUGUCAAAGAAUGCAACAAUAUUCCCCUCACGCCACCCCAGCAGGGAGAGGCGAUGCUGGCCUCCUUCAAGCCCCGGGGUUACUCGGAGUGUAUAGUGACUGUUGGUGGAGAAGAGCGAGUAUCACGGAAACCAACCUCAGUGAUGCGGUGUAUGUGUCCUCUUUAUGAUCCCAAUAGACAGCUCUGGAUUGAACUUGCUCCUAUGAGUAUUCCAAGGAUCAAUCAUGGAGUAUUGUCAGCAGAAGGAUUUUUAUUUGUGCUCGGUGGUCAGGACGAAAACAAGGGAACACUAAGUUCUGGAGAGAAAUAUGAUCCAGAUACCAAUUCUUGGAGUUCCUUACCACCAAUGAAUGAGGCACGACAUAAUUUUGGUGUGGUAGAGAUUGAUGGAAUUCUGUAUAUUCUGGGAGGUGAGGAUGGUGAAAGGGAGCUAAUCUCUAUGGAGAGCUAUGAUAUUUAUAGCCGGACCUGGACUAAGCAGCCAGACUUGACCAUGGUUAGAAAGAUUGGCUGCUAUGCAGCUAUGAAGAAGAAAAUCUAUGCAAUGGGCGGAGGCUCCUACGGAAAACUCUUUGAAUCUGUUGAGUGUUAUGACCCUCGAACUCAGCAGUGGACAGCAAUCUGUCCUCUGAAAGAGAGAAGAUUUGGGGCAGUGGCCUGUGGAGUUGCCUCUGAGCUUUAUGUAUUUGGCGGGGUCAGGAGUCGUGAUGACAGUCAAGCCAGUGAGAUGGUGACGUGCAAAUCUGAAUUUUAUCAUGAUGAGUUUAAAAGGUGGAUUUAUUUAAAUGACCAGAACCUAUGUAUCCCAACUAGUUCUUCCUUCGUGUACGGAGCUGUGCCCAUUGGAGCCAGCAUAUAUGUGAUUGGAGAUCUCGAUACAGGUACGAAUUAUGACUAUGUUAGAGAAUUUAAAAGAAGCACGGGCACCUGGCAGCGCACUAAACCACUAUUUCCAUCGGACCUUCGCCGUACUGGCUGUGCAGCCUUGCGAAUCGCAAACUGCAAGCUCUUUCGACUGCAGCUUCAACAAGGAUUAUUCCGCAUUCGCGUACCUUCUCCGUGAUCCGUAUGCUGACAGUGGAGGAGACUGGAAGAAUUCUGCGCAGUCCACCAUAAUAUAGCUCUAUAUAAAGGAAAAGCUGAGAAAUUACAGCUGAAACUUACACUGUAUGCUGUGCUUUGGUAUGGUAACUGUUUUUGUUUUAAAUGCUUAAAAAGCUUGAGUCUCAGUUCUUGUUUCGGGAACAAAUAACUUAAGUAUACAUUAAAAAGAAGAGAGGGGGGAAAAUAAAAGGGGGAAGCAAGGAAACACCUUCAGUCGUAAGCAUUUGGAGUUUAAACCAUGUUAUUGAGGAGGUUUCGCGUGCCUGAAAAAAGUGGGAAUUGGUCUUCCUUUGGCGAAGUUUAUUGAAAAGCAAAAAAGAUUUAAGAUGCGUUCCCCUGGGGGGAACUGAUAGGAAUAAACGUGCUAUCUUGGACUGGAUAGCUCUAAUACACAGAAGCUAUAUGAUAACCAACCUCCCUGGUAUACUGCAAAGACUGUUGUCAGACCGUAAUGCCGUAGGAGAUGUUGGUUGUUGCACCUUUUAUUUCUAGUCCUUCCUCAAAAGUUAAGGUCUGUGCCUGAAAAUGGUGGAGGUGUGUACAUAUGGUUUUUCAUUCAUUUGCAAUGUUUUCAUUCCUACAAAUAUUUUUAAUAUAUUUAAAACGGACUAAUCUGAAAUGGAUACAGUAUACUUCAGAGAAGUAAACUGUUUUUUUCUACGCUGUCAUUUGAAUGGCCUGGUGAACAGCUGGGUGGGUUGCAUUUCUGUGUGGGCUUUGGUGGCUGUUUCCUUGAAGUAAAAAGGGAAACGACGUUCGGAAUGGCUCAUGAUGAUUGCUGCUUUUGGUAAAAGACAACAAAACUUGACAAAUUAAAGAAAAUAGGUUAUGUUCCUUUUUACUUCAGAUCACUUGCAAAUUAAGAAUAGUUUUUAAGACUGAGGAUUAUAGAGAGGUGUGUUUUAUCUUUGUUAGGACAAAGGUGAAAUAUGACAAGGAUAUAUUUGUUUUGCAGAAGAACUUAUUUUUGGACUAAGAGUUAAGGAAAAUUUAUACAACAACUUUAAAUUGGGAUCAGAAGUUGGUUUACUAAUGAUUUCUGUGCUAAGGUACAGUCUUGUUUACUGCUAUCUGACUUUGAAAGCUGGGUUUUAAGGUGUGGUUAUAGUGAAGAAUUUAGUAUCUUGCAUUUUAUUUCUUACUAAGUCUUGUUCACAUCAGUAGCGGUAUUUAAUUGACUUUUGUUCAUAGUCAAGAUCAGCUGGUAGAACACUUUUUACCUCAAUUUUUUUAUUUCAUUAUUGUGAUGGGUGGGAUGUAACCUGUAUUUAUUUAAAAGGAAUAAAAUGAGAGAGAUGGAAAUAGAAAUAAGACCUCCUGCCCUUCAGAAAAGGAGACUUUGUAUAACCAGUAUUAUAACUACAUACAAUAUUUUCCAUUCUGCAACUUCGUGGACCUCAGACAAGCCGAUCCUACCCUCAGUUGUGUUAGUGUAAGCCUUCAUCAUCUUUAUUGAAUCAUCUUAGAUCUGCUGAAAUACAAUCCCAAAUUAGUACAAAAUAGUUAUAUUUCACUAAAUAUUCCUUGAAGAGACAUUCUGAAACUUACUUCUGCUCAGUCCUUCUGUAGCGCUGAUGUGUGGUUGGAAUUACUCUGAUUCUGAGCAAAGGGGUAGGGGAAAAAAAAAGAGGGCAGCAGCCAAUCCAUUGUCCAUUAUUUAUUUUUUUUUAUUUUUUACAAUGCUGAAGUGCUGCAAAACUUGAAUUAUAUACAUCAAUUUUCUGACCUAUAUUAGUUGGCAUAUUAAAAAGUCUAUAUAUUUAUGCAUUGCAGUAAACUUGGGGUGUGUGUAUGUAUAUAUGUCUUUAGAUUUUAAAUUUAUAUAUAAUGCUUUACCACAGAAAUGUGAACCACUAUUUCCAUCCUCGGCUGUCUUGUGAAAUAAAUCAAGUGCUGUUUAUCUGUAAAACUUCCCUUUUUUGAAAAUCUUACAUUGUUCAAUUUUUUUCUUAGACAAAGUGCCAAGAUCCCAUAUUCAAAAGUGAUGAAUGUUCCUAAGUAUCUAUUUCACUUUUGAGCUCAGUUUUCUAAGUGGCUUAGAAAACUUCUGAAAAUGUUACUCAGAAUAUUGCAGGCUGCUAUCUCUUCGGUCUCUCUAGCUUCCCAGUACACUUGAGGGCAUUCAGCAUCCAGAAAACCUAAGUAAUAAUGCAUAUAAUAAAUCCAGAUCAUAUAGACUCUAGCAGUGUUUUGCAGUUAAAGUUAUUAAACUGAAUGUUUACACUUCAAGUAGGAUUAACAGUAGGUAUUCUUACUUUUUUUUUUAAAUAUAAAUCAAACAAAUCUGCUGGUAAUUGGAGUGUGUUGCAAAUGCACUUGGUGAGAUUUGACCAAGAAGUUUAAGCCUCUUCACCUGAAACAGUUGCAAACUUAAUUCUUUAGCUCACGUGUACUCCCGUCGCUUUGUGGGCGGUUGGCAGCCAGGGACCAGGUCUCUGGAGACGUCAUCUCCUGGAGUUUCGGGUGCGUGCGUAAGCUGGAGGUUUAAGCACUCCUGAGAUCUCAAAACUGGCUUCCUUGGCCUUGCUUCAGGGGGAUGGGAUCGUUCCCCAACCGCAUUGUCUGCAGGGCUGAUCCCGGAGAUGUUCUAGCAUCUCUGUGUGUGCGGGAGGGGAGGGAUGCAUCUUUUGGGGUCUGACUUGUGUCUGUCUGUCCAGUUCUGAUCUGCAAGCCUGGUGACAAGUGCAUCUCUUGGGAUGUGCGGUAACCAGGUUGGACUGCCUCCCCAUUUGGAGCAAGGCUUUGAAGCCAAGGCGCUGCUUUCUCCGGGGAGAGCCUGGUUGUACAGGUGAGGGUGUAUGAGAGAGGGAUAGCUGACCUCUGGCUUGCCUUGGGAAAGAGAUGGUCGACUUCAGUAGAGGAGGGAGGCUUUGGUUCCAGGGGUGCUGAGUGGAGGGAGGGCAUCGCUUUUGUGAGCAUCCUGGAUGUGCAAACAGCUGUGGAUUGAACUGGGUUCACUGGUCCAUGUCCCCACCUCCCUGGCAGCUGUGUACCCCUGCGUGUGAUGGCUGAAUCACAUGGGAAGCAACUUGUGGAUUUUCUCUGUUUGCAACCCAGGGGUUUUAAACAAGUUUCUAAACUGCCAAACCACCUAAGUUGUCCUCGCUUGGUGCUUAAUUCCUUCCAGCUCAUGAAUCGGCACUCAAAUUCAGCCAGUUUCCCUGCAGGUGAUUCUUUGAAUGAUUUUCUUAGCCAGCUGUCUGUGCAGCCUGUGAGCUUCCCAGCAUCAGGUUUUUAGGCACCUUCCUUACUGAUUUACUAAACUAGGUGCCUCGCUGGGGUUGUGAGUUUGUCACAGCAUUGAAAUGCUGAUGUUUUGAGACCGAUGUCUAUAUCCCUGAAGGGUGCCCACCCCACCUCGGCUGGGGGCCAGGUCCCCAGGUGCAGCUCUCGGGCAGUUGCAUCUUGCGUCAAGCCCAGCACGAUCCCAAGCGAGGACUAGCUGGGUCACGUUGCAGCUGGAGUGACUUGGGUUGGGCCUCGGCAUCCUUUCCUUCCCCCUGCUGCAGAAUUGGACAAACCCCAGCCAUUGUAAUCAGAAAAUCACCAAAUAGGAGGUGGGGUUGUGGAAGAUGGGAAUAGCGGUGGCUUUUUUCUCCCCUUGCUCCACCUCUUACUAUAAUUCCUCCCCAAAAAGUUUCCUCUUCCUUUUUCCAUGUGCCACAAGAUAUUUUUGGAAAAGCUCUGGGAUUGCUAAUUUAAGGGUAAAAUCAAAAAUUUGAGUGUAUAAGUGGUGAAAAAAGAGAUAAUGCCAUAAGCACACACAUCAGUGUCCUCUGUGCUUGUGGUAUGAGUGUGGUCUUGGGGCUGCUCUGCACAGCAGAAAGUGAGCACAGAAGCAAAGGUGUAAAGUGCUGUGGCUCUCAUAAAAUAAAUCUCUAGGGUUUCUUAGGGAGCCACACGCCUGGCCUCCGUUCCUUACCUGGCCUUGUGAGAUGCUCGUGUUCCUAAAGAGUCAGUGUUGGACUUGAAAUUCCCAUCCUUUCUGUUUUUAUGACCUGAAAAAGAUGUGUCCUGAAGAGUCUUCUCUUUUGUUAUACCACAGCAAGGUCUGCCUGUCCUCAAAUAUUUUAUCAGCUAUUCUGUAAGUUUUAGUUAUUGUGAAAUGCUGUAUCAACUCAGCUGUUCCUGGUCAAGUCACUUUCCAUAGCUUUUGAGGGUACCUCCUCUUUAAAUUGAAGGCAAAUUAAUGUGAGAUUACACAAAAGGAUAGUGGUGAAUCUGAAAAUAAAAAGCAAAUUUACAAAAUCAGCUCACUAAUAUCUGUGGGCAGGCUGUAUCCCUCUAGCUUUUGACUGCACAAAACUCACAUGUCACACAGCCUGCCUUCUGAAGUGGAGUUCUUGCUGAAAACAGGAGUUUUUCAUCAAAACUACUGAAGCACCUGUCUUGCUUUAUAAACUCCCCUUCCAGAAAUCACCAGGCAGCUUAAUUUCUUUUUUGCAAUAUUGCUUGUGCCUGCAUGAGUUAGUAAAUGCACAAGUACAAAAGUGAGGGGGUUAGGGAGUGUUCUUCCCUGUUUUAACUGCAGUUUCUCCGGUUGGUUCCGUAAAUACUGCGGCCGUACAGCCUGCAUGGGUUUUGGUAACGCGCAUGUGCCAUGCAAACUGCAGGAUGCAAUAACAAAUGCAAGUUGUUACAAGUGCCAAACUUUUGGCUUCCUCUGUAUAUAACAAUAAUUCAAUUGUUCUGUUAGAAUACAGAGAUGCUUAAAAUUCACUGUGUUCCAAAAAAGAGCAGUUGUUCUUUUUUUUUUUUUUUUUGAAUGAAUGCUAUUUAAAACACUGUAAAUCUUUGCCUUUUUUUUUAAUACUGUUCUGCAGGUUUAUGUUACUCUUCACAGCUGCCUUGAGACAUCACCCUGUGAUGCGUAUGGACACUUUGCUCUUUAUCGGAGCACUAGUGCCAUGCAAGUAUAUAACAAAUGGCAGCUGACAACAGGUUUUAGUAUUUAAAAUUAUAGAUGAUCGCACUUAGAUAAAGUGCAAUUCGUUUGAAUUAAUCUUAUCUGCAGAAGGAAAGCUGUGUCUCAGGAAGUGUGACGAUACCCAGGGACACAGGUGUACUGAAGAUUGUAACUUAGGUGUGUUCUGGCGCUGCUCACAGCGACGCUUUCCAAGGAAUUAUAUUUAAUUUGGGGUAUGGAUCCUGUCUGUCUCCAAUGUUAGCAUCAAGGUUUUGGGGUUUGUGCUCUUAACUUUGGAGCACUGAAACAGCUUCUUCAGGUGGGUGGGAGAGGUGAUAAUUAUGUACAUGUUUGGUUUGCAGUUAGAAGCUACUAUUUCCAUCUGAAAUUCCCUUUUACCAUUAAGGAACGAGUACAGGCCUGCGUUUCAGUCAUCAGCGCUGCAGCCUUUUGACAUUUGCCAUUUUCUGUCGCUCUUCCUUCUUUGUUGGUGGAGUCGAGAGCUGUGUUGGUAGGGUCUGUGCUGAGCCAGUGAAAGCGGACUUGGAGAUACCGCUGUAAAGCCAGUCAGAUUUGGGUGAAUCGUUUUCUGUGGGGUCACAUCCGUGUGUUGUGAAGUGUACUGGUAGGUCGGGCACCUGCUCCCCGGCCAUCCCCAGGGGAUUUGGUUUAUUUGUUUUUCUGGGCAAUUCUUUGCUGUAGGAAGGAUUGCAGCCAGGCUUUAAGGUGACAUCUCUGGUCAGCCAUGUCCUGCGUGACUCUGUAAUCUAACUGCUGUUCUACUCCAGUAAUAAUUCUCUCAAAUUUUUGAUUAACAGGUAAGCUAAAAGAAUAGACUAAAACCACGCGAAGUGCCUAACUAGAUAAACACCUGCUAAAAAGGAUUAAGAGUAAUAGGAGAAUUAAACUAUAAACUGCUACCAACAGGUGAAUCUGUUAUAAAUUUGUUGUUGAUUACAAAAUCUUAAAGAUACUUUUAAAACCGGCUUAUUCUAAGUAGCUGCUUAUUAGUUACAAAAAUAAUUAAAAUACAUAAAGGAUUAGUUUAGAAUAAUACUUGAAGGUUAUUUGAAGUAAUCUGUUGAAAUGUCUUGAAAAGUGAGUUGGAAGAUUAGAACUUUUCAAUGUAAAAGGCUAAAUCUUGUUGCCCAGUAUUUUUGCAGGGUUUCGUGUGAAUAGUGAACACCUGCCAGGGCGCAUCAGUAGAUGAACAUGCUCAAUGCCGUUGCCUACCUGUGCCCUUGAGUUCUCGUAAUGAAACGAGACUAUACUGAGCCCUUGUAAAAGCUGAUGGAUCUGAUUACAAUAAUAGGAUAGAAAGAAGCAUCCCCAGUGUAAGUAACAUUAUUUUAUUGAUAAAACAUGAAAACGUAAUAUAUUUUUUAAAGACUAGUUGCUUUUGAAUGACCAUCUAAUGCCCUUGAUUACUUUUUUUUCUUUGCCUUUCCUCCUUCCUUUCUUUUCAGUUAAUGCUAAGACAUCCUCUGCUUUUGUCAAGGGCAAGUUUCUUUCAUCUGUACUUCUAAACCCAGUCAGAGCUUGAAAGAUAGGUAAGCAGGCUGUACAGUGGGCUGCUUUUACAAGUAUAACUUCUGUGCAUUCUAUUAGCAUGCUGCCGCCUCUGCUAAUUUCAGAAUAGAAAAAAACCAAACUCCUGGAACUAUCUUGCACCUGAUGAAAGCAAGAGCCAUUAUGGAAAGUCUGCGUUUCAGCGUGCGGUAGGCGGCAUGCUACAAACCCCUUAUCCCUGGCUGUUCUGGAGAUUCUCACCUUAAUGAUCUCACACGCUAAAGCUUCGACGAGGCAGCAUCUGUUUUAUUAAUUUACACACGAUAGCAGGAAAGCAUUAUCAUCCUUGUUGCUUGUUUUGCUAUUUUUAGGUCUUAAAAAGCAAAGUCUGCCUAAUUAUUAGAAUAAGUAAACCGGUACACCGAGUAUCUGGCAAGGUGGUCAAGUUGAACAGAGCUGACAUUCAGACUCUUUCAGAACUAGUCUUAAACUAGUCCAAAGGACUCUUCUGGACUGCUUAGAGAACCUGGGAUCUGUUUUAGCUUUUGUUUGCUUGGGGAAACAGCUGCUAAGUCAAUUUUGAGCAUUUCUUUCUUCCCUCCCUGACUUCCAAAACCUAAUGAUUUGCUUCUUGUAAUUGAAUUUUUUUUGUAUUUAAGGGUCUGAGACUGUAUUUUGCAAUGUGUGGCGAGUAUUCUAUCGUGUCUUAGUUUAGCCGAUGUAAACAGCAAGCUGCAUGCUGGUGAAGUCCUAGAAGGUGGGAGGCAGCGUUACAGUGUUAAGGGGAAGGAGAAGUAUCAGUAAACCAGCAAGAUUCUCCAUAUACUGCACAUGGCCUUGCCGUGUGUAUCCGAUGGGGCAAGAGGCCGUUUCUGGCACAGAGCUUGUGUAAUUGCCACCCCUCGCUGCCCUCGGCGUUUGGGAACGUGGCUGGGACGGUGCCCGGCUGCAGACGUGUCGAGUGCCAGAGAGGGCUCGGGGCAGUGCCUGGCUGGGAACUGACCCCAGAGCCCUGUCAAACCAAGAGAUGCAGAUUGCUGCGUAUGCCCCACACGUAAUGCUGACUUCUGGUCUUGGCUCUUCUGUCUUUUGCUCUUAUUAACACGAUUUUGCUUUCACUCCUGCUGCAAAUUUCCUUCGGAAUGCAUUGCUGAUGCUCCUGCGGGUUGGAGGAUGUCCACACAAACUCAUUCUCCCUGUGCACCAGCUUUUUACAUGUCUCUGCAUCCUUUAACCCCACUCAGUGUAUGUGGGGAGAGUGCUUGAUAUAUGAUGACAUGACUUUUCAUCAAGCUUGUAAAACUAAUGUCAGCAGGUUGGAGAUCACCUGAACAUCUGUAAGUAAUCCUAUAGGUAGAACACGUAUAGCCCGCUCCUGUGUAUAUGUGUUACUUGUGGCUGGAAUUCUGCCGCCAUGUCUGUGGGGAAAAGCCCCUAUUCCCAGCUACCUCAUUUUUUUUUUUCUUUGCACUUUGUCAAAUCUUUUUUUUUGUUUGUUUUCGUUUAAAUUGCAUUUUGUCCUUCAAUAAAAAAACUAAAAGCAGACAAGAAGCAGGGCAGAAUGAUGCCAUUGUCCAAGGACAGUUUACUUUAAUUUCAUUUUAAAUGCAUGUUUCUGUACAAAAAGACCAAGGUUGGCCUGCAGCUGCUGUAAAAAGUAAAUAAAAAUUUAUAUUACUUGAAAGUAACUAUUAUACCUGUAAAUGAGAGAAGCAAUUGAAAGACUGUCCUGACAAUUUUUAAAUAGGAAAAAAUCUGUUUAAAAAAUAGAAGUCUGUGCUCUUUUAAGGACAGAUCAGAUAGUUUUCUCUCUGCCUCUACUCUGCACUGUUUUGCCUGCGAACUUGAUCCAUUGUCUCAAUAGAGAGAUUGACUGAUUUUUCUGUAAUAUCUAAUCUGGAUUUUUUUUCCCAUGGAGUUCCCCAUUUAUGCAUCUACAGAGAAAAACUGUCCAAAUAAAACCCCACCUUCCAUACCUGAGAUUAUGUAUUUGCCCAUUUCUUUGGGAUCUUCAAGUAUGCAGGGCUUUGCUUAGCUUGAAGAAAAAAAAAAAAGUAUUUUCUUCUGCUUCUAAAGGUGCUAUUUUGACUUAUUUUUUAAUUCCUUACACUGUGCUUGACUUCUUUAAGUACUGAUGUAAGCUGAUAAUCAGCUUGUGUUUGUUCUCUGAGUUUCAGUUUGGGGGGGGGGUUGGUGAUUUUUUUUGUUGGUUGGGUUUUUUUAGUAUUUGGUCCUUUUUUUUAAAAUACAUUCCUUUUCAUAAAGACAGUUUCAAAGGCCUUAAUACGAAAUGUAUUCGGGAACUGCUGCUUUUUUUCCUGUCUUUGUAAAGGCAAAACCAAGAAACGCUUCCUGGGGAACACUUUCCUCUAAAAUUUUAAGUAGCAGCUCAUAUUAACUUUGAAUUCAAUGUAGCAAACAUUUUAUUGGCCGUGCAGAAAUAGUAGGGAUAAAACAAGGAGCUAUUCAUCUCUCUGCAGACUGUACCAAUUAGCUGCUAAUUCCAGAGCCUUCUCUUGGCAUGACGGUGGCUAUUCCGUAAAUAUUAAUCUUCUUGGGCUGGGUCCCGGGACCCGGCUGCAUGUUGUUCCUUGCGUGUCUGGGACACGCUGACCUAUGUGGGUGUCAGAGCAUCGGGAUGUUGGGCCAGGUCUGGGUUUUGCCUCAGCCCUCAUCUGUUCAGCUCUCGUGUCAGAGGCACGUGCGUGGCUGGCAAGCUCUGUUCACGCCGGGGGGUUUAGCUGCCCCGUGCCGUGGGUGGUCAGGAGGUGGAUGGAGGGAACCUACCGACUGCUGCCAUCGCUAGAGUGACGUCUGCUCCGUAGAUCCGAGGAGAAGGCUCUUGUAGACGCAAGCAAUGAGUAGAGAGCUGAGUUUUAGUCCUGUGUAGGAACUUUAUUGUCAUCCUUAUUGUGCUGUCUUUAUUUUUGUUUAAUCUGUAUCAUCAAUUUGAUUUAGGGAUUUGGUAACGUAACAUUGCUAAAAGUUUUUCAUUCUGUGGGGGACACAAAAAUGGUACUCCUGCCCUGUCUGAAGCAGCAGGAAGGAUCAGGGAGUUGAUGUUUGAACUUGUCCCAUCUCCAUACAUCAAGUUACUGCCUUUUCGUAGGCUUGACAGUCCUAGUGGUGGAGCAUUUCUCAGUCUCGUUAAUCUAAGGGCCAUUUAUCCUUUUGAGAAGAGUCCAGAGACUGUCUUGUCAUUCUCCACAUGUUCGGUGCUGCCCUCUGGACCAUCCAACUUGUCCAGGAACCAUGGGCUGGUGGCCUUCAUGGGGAGUAGGGAGUACCUGCGUUACCUGUAGCACUGUCUGAAAAACAACCAAUAAAGGAGGGACCCCGGAGAGCCCUGCUGAGCUUGCAAAUCCUUGAUCCCUCAUCUUGGGGAAGGCUGAAGAGCAGCACCGUUUGUUGCCAGGCCUCUGCACCAUCUGAGCCUUGCAGCUGCACCCUGGCAGCGUGGGUAAGGAUGGGCCACCCUGUCCCCUCCAUAAGGGUGAGAUAUAAAGGGUUUUGGGCUGAGUGUUAUAGGAGAUCUGAUAUUUUGUGGGUUUUGUAUUUAAAUCUGAAAAUAUUGGAGGAUCUGGAACUAUUUCUGGAGGGUGGAACAGCAAGUAUUGGCUUAAAUAAUUGGGGAGCUCCUGGCCACCUGGUUUUCCCCUCCACUUUUUUUUCUUUUUUGAGUUUUUUUUUGAGAAAACAGAAAUAUAUAGCUGCUUCCCAGUUUGUAUGUUUACUGUUUAAUAAUCUGAAGUGGGAGCCUGACAAGCUGAGAUUGUUGUAAUUUUACCUUCAAAAGGAAAAAGCAAAACUUCUUCAUGUUGGAUGCUCUACCUUUAGAGUUUUCCCUCUCUAAACCAUGUUUAUUGAGUACCAUGAAUCUUGUAGGAUUGGGCUAAAGAACUGAAAUAUGUAUUAUAUGAAUGGUGACUAACAUAGUCUGAUUUUGUACUGUACAAAUACUCUAUUUUAGCGUAAGAGAAUGAAAUAACAACUACAUUGAUUAAUCCAAUUAUGAUACCUGUAUUCCAUGAGCCAAGUAAUAGGGUGUUGGAGCGUAAUGCCGCAUUGCUGCCACUCUCGUAAAGGUUCAGCGUUCUGCCAAAUCUAAGAUCUUGAUGAUUACCAGGAUGUUGUCAGAAUAUAUUGCCGCUUUUUCUACAAAAAAUACGUCAGUGUGGUGUGGUAGAAACACUCACUUGGUCUUGUUUACCAUCGCUGGCAUGUAGCUUGAUGGCAAGGUUUAUUCCCUUCAUCCAGCUGUUGUGCUUUGACUUCUGUAUUACAGAUGUGUUUACAGGCUUUUUAUGUGCAUGCGUUUUCUGUGGGGUUUUUUUGUGCUUUGUGUGGGAAUGGAGUUUUUGCUUUUAUUUGUUUGUGUGCCCACCCCAAAAUCUUCCUAUGUUGCUUUAGAGAUGAAUCCAUGAAUCGCUUGAUGCCAGGCUUUGGAAUGCUCUGAGCUGAGUAUGUUGAGUUACUUCUGUUAAAAACGGGGAAAAAUAAGAUGUAAAUACUCUUUGGCCUCAAUCAGACUAUGCAAUACAGUGCACCAGAGAGCUGAAUUCCUUGUGAUACAGAAGACACAUGGCUCUUGUGUCCUUCCAAAUCCAGUCCUUGGGCCAAGGUUAGGAGAACUUGUACUCAAUGGCUGCCCAAGAAUCUCGCAUCCAAAUCAACUCUCAUUCACUGGUUUUCCUCCUUCCCCUCGCGUCGCCCACCAGUUUAUUGAGUGUUUUCUGUCUGAAUGACGUGCUGGUUAAGUGUAUCCCUCCUGUCAGUCUCCUGUUGUCGAUUGGAGCUUGUCUUGUAAACCUGCUUGUCUUGCGGCUUACCCGCUGGAGUAAGUUGGGGGCCACUUCACAACGUUGCAUCUCUUUGCUCUAGAGCAUGUCAGGCAUUCAGGGUUUGCUCUGCGCCUCCAGGCAGAUGGAGGUCUUGCUUUUAUGUUCCUGUGUUGUUUAGUUGUGGGUCUGGUGCUUGCAGUAAAGAAUACCUGUGCUGUCUCAAAUCCAGUCCAAGUACAUUUUCAUUUCCACCGCUUGUGCAUGUGUACGUGAGUUUGAUUUUGCUGCUUCCAUGGCAGUUCAGGGAUAAAUGCCCAUGUGGUCAGGACUGCUAGUAAAGGUUCUUUGUUCUCCUGUUGCUUCGUUUUUCCAGUGAAGUUUAUUCCUUGUGUUCCUCUUCUUCCCCCUAUUAAAUACUAAUAAAACCGGUAAACUCUUUUCCCCUGGUUCUGCAUCCUGUGAGUAGCUCUUCUCUACCAGUUGAUCACGUCUUCUCACCGUUACAUGCAUUCUUCCAAGUUGUUUGCCUAUAUUUGUCAUUUACUUAACCCACCUUGUACCUCAUACUGCUUCUCCCUCCUAAUUCCAUUUACUACUUUGUCUUUCUUUAAUUCAGGUUAACCUUGAUUUAUUUCUCUGAUUUCAAAAAGGGAUUUCGGUGCAUAACACGGGGGAGAAACAGAAAAUCUCGCUGCAGAUGUCUGUGUAUAUUCAUUCCCUCCCCAGCACGUAUGGCGUAAGGGGUUCAGCCUAUUCCAUUCCUAACCCCGGGUUUUUCCUAGUGCUAGUAGGCAGAACAAAGUCUGAAGGCGUUCCUUAUUUCUUUCAGUAAUUGAAAAUAUUUGGAGAUUUUCUUCUUCGGAAGUAGCCACUGCAGAUGAGCAGCUGGCAUGCAAGAGGGUUGUUAUGCUUCCAUAUUCAGUAUUUCUAAUUGAGGAACAAAUAAUUUAUUUUGGGGAAAAAUGUAAAUUUUUUUGUAUUUGUAUGUCAAAGUGGCCUUUAUAGGAAAAGCACAUAAAAUACUUAGAUUAAAAUUGCUUAGUUGUGUAAUUUUAGUGGGGAUUUUUGUAUUGACAGGGUUUCUAUGCAUUUUUCAAAAUAUACUUGCUGUUUUGUGUUAGAAUUAUUGGAAAUAUUUUUAAAAACGUGUAUUACCACAUUUUCCAUGGUUGAUCCCUUUACUAUCAUUCCUUUUGAAUACUACAAAGAUUUUAAUUAACCCUGUAAAUUAAUUUUCCCCCACAAAUAGUUACAUUAAGUCAAUAUAAUGAGUUAUAGCAUGAGUAUGUAGCUUUAAGGGAAUAAGCCUAGUAGCGUAGCUUAAUUAUGGAGAGAUCUUUUUGGAGAAGGGCAGUACGCAGUGUUUCGAUUGCACUUAAAACACUAAAUUAGCAAAUUAAGUUUUUGCUGUACCUCACUGGGAUUUUUUUUAAACUAUUUCCAUCCUAUGUUGUUUACACGCGAGCAUUAUUUAAGUAAGUUCUAUUUGUGCGGUAUGCCAUUCCCCUUCAUUCUGUUGGGAUAAGGCUAGUGUUAACAGAUAGGAAAAGUUUUGGGAAGUCUGUGGUAUCCUGAUGGAUACGACAGGAGUUUGGGGGAGGGAGGAGAGGGAAGUUAGAUGCAUUAGUGUGUUUUUCCAUUUAAUUAUGUACACAUUUUCACAUUAGCUGAGACUAAAGUAAUUGAACUUUACAAUUGAAUUGUAAGUAAAAUUAGUGGUUGGGGGUGGGGAGGAAACAAAGAAGGGGUUUGCACAACUGUGGGCAAAAAUACCCUUUAGUUGCACUGCGGUGCAAUUGCCUUGACUGCCUAUGCAAAGUACAACCCGAGUUUGAUACAUCAGACCCUUCUGUUAUUGCUCUGAUUUUAGUUUCUCUUCUCGAGGUGUUACUGUAAGACAUGCUAAGUAGAACCUUCCCAGGAAUGUUUGUCAACUGUCACUUCAGUUUUAUCGUUUGAUGUUUCUAUGUUAAUUUUUGUUCUUGUUUCUGUUUCGUAAGAGAUCCCCCAUGGUUCAUAGGUUAGCGUAAGUGCAGGCUUUUAGGCGUAGUAACAAACGAACAUUGCAUGCUGCCAUGUAUUCUCAUAAUUGAAGAAAAAUGUGCAAUUUUAAUGGUACUUUGACCUAUUGCAGAAACACUGGGUUUUGCAAUGGAACAAACUCUCAACAAUUGAAAACACUCUGUGUCGAUAUUAGAUGUCUUGGAAGUGAAGAAAAAGGCAGUUACUCCAAUUGUACCCACAGAUAAUUUAGUAUUGAUUUUUUUUUUAAGAGUUUUACAAUCAGUUAUUAGGAAAAUAAUAAAAUACACACUUCUUGGUUUACUUUACUUGCCAUAAGUUGCCCAGUGCAGAGUCUGGUCCGCCUCCAUCCAUUUACUUUCAUGGAGUAGUUGCACAUAAGAUUGUAACAGCAAAGCAGGAAAGCUGUUUGGUUACUUACGAGUAACCUCCCUUGCAGGAUUGCUUUGUGGCUCACACGGUACGAAAAGGGACACGAGAAUUUUCCUGGAUUAAGUAGCAUUUGCUUUGUUUACGUGUUCAGUAUAAUGUUGGGUGACUAAAGGGAGGUUCCCUUUUUAAAGUAUUUGACUUGUGCUUUGGGGACUUAGUUGCCACUGUGCAAAUUGUGCUGUAAUAUUGUACCAAGGAUCAGUGAAAGUGUUUUAUCUUUUUUAAUGUCGUUUGUAUUUGACCGGGUUUUAUAAAUGUAAGAAAACAGAGUGUUGUAUUUUGAUCUGAAAUUUGCGUACGGUAGAAGUAACUUUGCUUUAUGUAUUGGAGGUUUGUUCAGAACUUGAAUUAUUUUAUAGAAAGGUACAGACCAAAAUUAAUUGUCUUAAAGGUGUUUAAUAAACUAACCAAAUAAAACAUUGAUGGUUUGAAAACUU